CGGUCUCUCGUUAACACUUCUAUCAUCGUCGUCCUCUUUAGCCGUCGUUUGCUUGAUUCUUCAGGUUCCUCUGUUCGAGUUCACGUUUAGUAAACAUGAAGGGAGCUGGUAAGUCUGAAGCGAGCUCGAGUAGGAUAGUUUUUGAGGACAGUGAAGAAGACCUCUCGUGUUCAUCUGUGUCUUCUUCAGAUGAGGAAGAAGAAACAGAGAAAGAGUUAACAUUUGAGGAAAUUCAUAGAUUGCGAGCUGAUGGGUCUAAGGCAGUUGCCAGGAAACCUAAUCAAGUGAAGAAAACGGGUCGUGCAAACAAAAACAGACCAGUGGAGUUGAGUUCUAAAAAACCUGUGAGUCGUUAUAGAGAAGUAGUUCAUGUUCCAAAGAAGGAGCCUCGCGAUCCUCGCUUUGUUUCGUUGGGUGGACAAGUUGACCUUGAGGGGUUCAAGAAGCGAUACAAUUUCUUCUUUGAGGAUAAACUUCCUGUAGAAAGAGAGGAAUUGAAAAAGCAGUUAAAGAAAGCAAAGAAUCCAGAAGAGGUCAACCGAUUGAAGAAUGAGUUAACUUAUGUUGAGAAGAUGUUGAAAUAUGAACCAUCAACGAAGAACAAGGGAGCAGCAAUACUAACAGAACACAAGAAGAGAGAACGAGAAGCUGCAAAAGAAGGGAAAAAGCCUUACUAUCUCAAAAAAUCGGAAAUCCGAAAGCAAGCUCUCAUCGAAAAGUACAACACUCUCAAGGAAUCUGGGAAGCUUACAUCGUAUCUUGACAAACGGAGGAAGAAGAAUGCAACUAAGGAUCAUAGGUUCAUGCCCUACCGUCGAACAGAGGAAUAGAGGCAGUUUUGCUUUCAGACCGAUCUCUUACAACAGCCCAGGACAAUUUUGGUUGUGGUCUUUGCAAUGACUUUAUGCUUGAGAAUUCAAAGACAAAUGCAGUAUCACCUUUUGUUUUGUUUAUUUUUUGAAUUGAAUUCCAAAUCCAGUACCAGUACAAAGGCCUCUUAGUUUACUGUUGGUUCUGUGAAGACACGAGACUCUAGACCUUUCAAAAGGUUCAAAUCUGAUUUACUCUUCUUGUGGUACUUUAUUUCCCUCAAUUAUGAUAGUCACCAUAGA